UGAUAAAUUAUAGGAAAAUGAAUAUCAUUCGAAUACAUGUUCAUAAAAUUCUACGAAAGUUCUAUAUGUAUACUCGAUUCUUUCGUGCCAUUCGGUUCUCUCGAGUUUUCGGACCGGAUCAGAAACCGAGUCUCGAUUCGGUUUGAUCAUCGAACUACCCGAAGAUUGAAAUAUUUCGACACCUCUAUUCUCUACCUCUCAUCUUUAUACCCUCCCAAAAAGUGAUUAUAUUACUUGUAUUUAUCGAAAUUCGUGAACCGUUCUAAUGCAGGCUAUAUAGUUAGUUCUACAAAGUAAAAUGAAUUGUACCAUUAUUUUUGCUUCUAGCGAAACGGAACGAGCGCUCGAGGCCCAAGGCGAAAGAUUCCGAAAUAACGUUUGCGAAUAUCUGCGAGGAAUUCAAAGUGAUGUAUUAGCAUAUACGGAAGAGUUGAAGGAGUCUUUUACAUCAAUGACGAGUGAACUCGAUAUGGAAACGUUUUUUAUCUAUGAGAACAUGCAACGAAUAGGUAAUCAAUUAUCCACGGUAUUAUCCGAAGAACACUUGCCUGAAACCAAUAAUCUAGUGAGCAACAUAAACGAAUCCGUACGUAUAAUUCAAACGUUUCUUUACAAUAGCGAACCACAUAAUAUUUCUCACUUUCCGUUAUACAUAAGAUACAUAGUGACUCAUCAAUAUUCGGAUACAUUUAAAAACGGAUAACUUUUGUAAUAUCGUACAGAGGAACUUAAAUUUCUGUGGGAUAUUAAAGGACUUAGUGUACUACAUAACGUAUAAGAGAAAAUUAAAAUAAAUUGCUAUUCGUUGAAGUCUCGAAUGAAAGAAUUAAAGAACAUGAUUUAUAACAUUUGUCUGCGAAAGUCGUCGUUGAUCGAUGAAAACGAACUUUGGAUGAAUUUUUGUCUUUCUCUCUCACAAACCGAUAGAGAAAGAGAAGCUCUUCUAUUAAUUUCCAUUAU